AUGGAGGAAAUCUCAAUCGAAGGUCGACGUCUCGAGAAGAUUCUCCCGCCGCAUCCUCAGCUUCCGAAACCGGAGCCGCCGCCACGUGUCUCGUCAGAGGAAUUGACGACCAAGUCUUAUUCGCCGGAGAAAUUCACCGUCGACAUGAUGAAAUUCAUCCGCCAAAGCGGGAACGCGAUUUCGAAACGUCUCUCUUCGAAGGCGGAUCUCGCCGAAUCCGACGUGACCGAGUUCGAAAUCUCCGGAGUCAAGGUUCUCGCGAAGCUGAAAACCGAAGAAGAAUUCAGAGGCCGAAUAACUUUCUUCUCGAGAUCCAAUUGCAGAGACUCUACAGCCGUCCGAUCGUUUUUCCGGGAACGAGGAUUCGAUUUCUCCGAGAUCAACAUCGAUGUGUACACAGAGAGAGCGAAGGAGAUGAUCGAGAGAACAGGGGAUUCUCAGGUCCCUCAGAUCUUCUUCAACGAGAAACACUUUGGCGGAUUGAUGGCGUUGAAUUCGCUGAGAAACAGUGGAGAAUUCGAUCGGAGGGUCAAGGAAUUUCUGACGGAGAAGUGUUCCGGCGAUGCGCCGUCGCCGGUGAUGUACGGGUUCGACGAAGAGAAUAAGGACGUUGUUGUAGACGAGAUGAUGAGAUUCGUUAGGGUUUUGAGACAGAAGCUGCCGAUUAAGGACCGUUUGUUGAAGAUGAAGAUAGUUAAGAACUGUUUCUCCGGCGCCGAGAUGAUCGAGAUACUCAUUGAUCACUUGGAUUGCGGGAGGAAGAAGGCCGUCCAAUUUGGCAAGAGGCUAGCCAAGAAGAACUUUAUCCACCAUGUCUUUGGAGAAAACGACUUCGAAGAUGGAAAUCAUUACUACAGAUUCCUUGAGCACGAGCCAUUUAUUUCAAAAUGUUACAAUUUUAGAGGCUCUACGAACGACAUGGAACCCCAAAAUGCAGCCAUGGUUGGACAGAAGCUAUUCAAAAUCAUGACUGCUAUUCUCGAGUCUUAUUCUUCUGAUGACCAUUCCCUUGUUGAUUACAUGAGAAUCAGCCAGAGCGAGGAAUUUCGAAGGUACUUGAAUUUGGCUCAAGACCUUCAACGGUUGAAACUUCAAGAACUCUCAACAGACGAGAAGUUAGCAUUUUUCCUGAACUUGUACAACGCAAUGGUGAUCCAUGCAUUGAUCAGAAUCGGACGUUCCGAUGGAAUGAUCGCAAGAAGAUCCUUCUUCACCGAUUUUCAGUACGUCGUUGGAGGAUACUCUUAUUCCCUUAGCUCCAUACGAAACGACAUCCUUCGAGGCGGUCGCAAACCUUCUUAUCCAUUUAUCAAGCCAUUUAUGAACGGCAAUACACGGCACGAGCUUGGUCUUCAAAAACUGAAUCCAUUGGUACAUUUUGGGCUUUGUGAUGGGACAAAAUCAAGUCCAGUGUUGAGGUUUUUCACACCACAAGGAGUUGAAGCUGAGCUCAAACGAGCAGCUAGAGAGUUUUUCCAAAAUGGUGGAAUUGAGGUUUUCUUUCCCAGGAGAGUCGUUCAUCUAUCGAGAAUCAUCAAGUGGUACAAAGAAGAUUUCAGUGAAGAGAAGAAAAUGUUGAAGUGGAUAAUGAGUUAUGUAGAUGCAAACAAAGCAGGUCUUUUAACCCAUCUUCUUGGUGAUGGAAGAGGUUCUGUUAACAUCGUCUACCAAGACUAUGAUUGGUCUAUCAACAGUUGA